UAUCCCGCACUGCCGCACGUAUUAUAAAUAUCCAACCAACUUAUAAGCUCGUUUCCACCUAAAAAACCAAAGCAUUUCCUAAUACUAUCCGAAACUAAAAUUUAUGGCAAAGUCUAAUGGCUUCAUCCUCCUGGCGAUAUGUAUCAUUUUCAUCCUUAUUGCAACCACUGAUCAAGUCAAAAAGGCAGAAGGAUUACCAAUUGUAAAAAUUGCAAAGGGAUUAGCAAAACUUAAAGAUAAAUUAGAAGGGGCAGAUUUUGCAAAAACAAUAUAUGAUCUGUUACCUCAUUGUAUUAAAGUAAAUAAAGAUCAAAAAAUAAUUUGUCCUGAAAAUGAUAAUCAAGAAGAUCAAGCUGAUCAUUUUAAUACCACCUGUGUACAAGAAUGCAACAAAUUGGGCGCUGACGCUGGAUUAUGCAUCACACUUAAAGGAUUAAUUAAACCUCGUUGCAUUUGUUCUGAUUUACAACAUUGCCUUCGUAAUAUUUAAUCAUCCAUCUUUAUUAUUUUGCUACAUUUUUUUAUCGAGUAUUUUGUUUUGUUAUUUUAGAUCUCAUUUCAAUACAGUUCUUUCGUAAAUUUAUUUUCUCGUUUAAUUGAUCGUAUUUACGUGUUUCUUCGAU